AUGAGCAGAUCAUUUCAGUCUACAUCCAAGAGGCCAAGAGAGUUCUCUAUUAGAUUGAAUUUUUCAGCCGGGUAUCCUAGCCGAAACAGAGGUAGAAGAUUUGUGGGUUCAAGAGCUCAGACUACUACAGUCGCAACUAUGGGUAGUACUCGACCACCUGGUGAGAGUGUGCUCAACGUGGUGGACGUCAUCUCGAAAGUCUUUAUUUACAUUGAGAUGAUGGUAAAUACUAGCUUGGCUUUAUCAGAUGAUGGUUCUAUUUUAGCUGAGUUGAAAGCUAAACCGAUGUUUCUUGAAGAAAUAUGUAAAGCUCAGAAAGAUGACAGUGAGUUGCAAACUAAAAGAGCUCAGUGCGAGUCAGGUGUUGAGUCUGACUUUCAGAUUGGUUCUAAUGGUUGUUUGAUGUUCAAAAAUUUGAUAUGUAUACCGAAGUAUGAUGAGCUUAUUCGAAAGAUUUUACAGGAAGCACAUAGCAGUUCUUUUUCUAUUCACUUAGGUAGUACAAAGAUGUAUAAUGAUUUGAAGAAAAUGUACUUGUGGACAGGAAUGAAAAGAGAUAUUUCAGAAUUUGUUUCUAGAUACUUGAUUUGUCAGCAGGUAAAAGUCAAACAUCAGGUACCUUAA